CAGCUGCUGGAAGAGAACGACCAACUCAUCCGCUGUAUUGUGGAAUAUCAGAGCAAGGGGAGAGCCACCGAGUGUUCCCAGUACCAGCAAGUUCUGCACAGGAAUCUCAUCUACUUGGCAACCAUAGCUGAUGCCAGCCCCCCAUCCCCACCCAAACCAGGAUCCUAA